UAGUUUAUUGGCCGUGAGGAGCCACGGACACUUUGUGCCCUGAUGGGGGACUCAGGAUCCAGACGAUCGACUCUAGUAUCUCGGUUGCCAAUAUUCAGGAGAAGUGUUAGCCGGAGACACGACUCCCUUCCUUCCUCUCCUUCUUCUGCUAAUGCCAUUGGUGCCCACACCUCCUCUCCAUCCAGCACAAACUCCAGCUCAGGGAGCACAGGAAAGCGUCGGAGUAUUUUCCGCACUCCUUCCAUUAGCUUUCAUAACAAGAAAGGGAGUGAGCAGAAGCAGGACUCAGCUAAUCAAAAUGUUAACAUCUCAAAUGGUGCCCAGUCCUCUCUCAGCACUUUUCAAAAACUCAGCUUAGAGGAGCACAUAAAAAGCAGAGGAAGACAUUCAGUUGGCUUUGGCAGCUCACGUAGCAAGAAGAUAACAAGGUCUUUAACAGAUGAUUUUGAAAAGGGAAAGGAACCCUCAGCUAAUAAAAAUGUCUUCAUAAAUUGCAUAAGCUCUGGAAAGAAUGAGGGUGAUGAUUCGGGCUUUGCGGAGGAGCAGAGCCGAUAUUCUGUCAAACAGUCCACACGAAAACUUCUCACUAAAUCUUUUUCAUCACACUACAAAUUUUCCAAACCAGUUCCAGAGAGUCAGUCAGUUACCUCUGUGCAGCAGUCCAGGUGCUUACUGGAAGUUAAAUCCUAUGUGGAAAGCGAACCUGUGAUUGCCAAGUCCUCUCCUCCAUGCUCAGCCGAGACUACAGAGUGCAUGGGAAGCUCCUUGCAGUCCCCUCUGCUCUCAGCUGACCUCACAGCUGCCCAGACCCCCUCUGACUUUGUUGCCCUGACGGAGGAUUCUGUUUCAGAGGUUGAUGGUCUGCCCAGCAGUGGACCUGGUGCACUGCUCGCAGAGGAUUUUGGCCAUGAUGUCUCUACCUCUCACGUCUUCUUUAAUCCUGAUGCUGCUCCUGCAAGGGAAAUGGAUUUUGUGGAAAGUACUGUCCAUUCUGCUGGUGUAUCUCCUGCGAGUCACGCGAGCUCAUGUACUGUUGGAUCUAAUACCUUAUUCAAAACCUCAGCUGCUAAUCAAGCAGAAGUACUGUUGAAAGCCAAUGGACUGCAUAUUAAUGAUGCCAGGCACAUAGAAAAAAACAAUGUGGACAAGGCACAUUUAGAAACCUUUGUGUUACAGCAUAGUGAAGAACCAGUGAUACUCUCUCCAAAGGCACGAGGGUUGACUGGGGACAGAGAUGAAAGAAUGCCGUCCAAGCACAUGAGAGACCCAAUUCCUGUAACGGAGUCUAAGAGCGUUCCAUGUUCUGAACCUCAGUCCUUUAAAACACAGCAGGGUUAUGAAAUGAACAAUCCUAAAGUUGAUCUUGCCAAUAGCUUCAGUCCAUGCCGAGAAGGCAGAUUUGUUGAGAAGCGGUUGAGAUCCUCUUCGGAAGGUACUGCUGGAGGCAGUCGGCUGAUCAUAAAACCAAAGGAUGGAAAUGCAGAGGAGCUGAACAGCCUACGGAAGCAGAGGGCAAGCUCAUCCUCUUCAAAAAUGAACAGCAUGGAUGUUUUGAAUAACUUGGGUUCCUGUGAGUUGGAUGAAGAUGACCUAAUGCUUGACUUGGAGUUCCUAGAAGAACAACAUCACCAUCGUUCUGUUUGCCGGGAAGACUCGUACCAGUCAAUAGUCUCAUGCGCUGCUGUAGUACUUACGCCUGUAGAGCCAACGGUGGAUACAAGGAAAAAAGAACAGACGAUAAUGCCGGAUGUGUCCAAACAGAAUCUGUCUCUGAAGCUGUCAAAGGAGGUAGACCAAGCAGAAGCCAGGUACCCUCGUGUUAGCCAGCUGGCUGGCAGCCCAUCCGUGGAGUGGCCUUUCACCGGUCUAGAAGAAGGCGGAGGCAUUGAAUCUUUGCCCUUCAGAUUGAUGCUGCAAGACUGCACAGCUGUAAAGACAUUGCUUCUGAAAAUGAAGAGGGUUCUUCAAGAGAGUACAGACAUGAGUCCAGCUAGUAGUACCACCUCACUCCCUGUUAGCCCUCUCCCUGAGGAGCCAUUAUUUUUCAAGGAUGGAAUAAAAGAUGAAUGCUCGGUGCUGAAGCUGCAGCUGAAGGAGAGAGAUGAACUCAUAGCCCAGCUUCGUGAGGAGCUGGAAAAGGCUCAGUGCUUUCAGAAGGCUCUUCCUUCCCAAGCAGAUAAAUCCACGCAGACAGAACUCGUAUGCCAUGAUACUACAUAUCCAAUCAGAAUGGUGAGCCAAAAUCUCAGCACAAGGGACAGAAAGUCAGCACAUACUCCCACCGAGGACCCUUUUAGACACCCGUCAGGCAACCAAGCAGCAGCCUAUGAAAGCAAGAGCUGUCAGCUGUCUAAUUUGUGUCUGAGUAACCUGCUAAAAGAGAAGGAGAUCGUGGAAGUCAUCAAGCAUACUAGAGGCACGUAUGAAACCCUCGCUUCAGAGGUCACCCAGAAUGGUUUGGCUAUCACAGCACCGAGUACAGAAAAGCCAGCAUCCAAGGCAGACAGCUAUCCAAUGUUCUCAGGGGCUCCAAAAGACCAAAUUGCUGUACCUCGGCAGCACACCACCUUCACAGGGAGACUUGGACAGCCUCCAAGGGGACCCAUCUCUCUACACAUGUAUAGCAGGAAAAAUGUUUUUCUUCACCACAAUUUACACACAGCAGAGCUACAGACUUUAGGUCAACAAGAUGGCUAAAAAGGUGCUUAUAUUCUUGCCAUGGAAGGAGAGUUGUUUAAGGAGGAGAAUAAGCUCACCUAGAACUCAGUCUUCACUUGUCAUCUGUUGCUACUUUCAUGUGAAAAAAAUAACGUAAAAAUUUAACAUUGUCUGUAGAUUCCAUACUUUCCCAUCUGGGACUGAGGCAAAAGGAUGAACUAAAUUGUUAAAUAACUAGCCUGAUUUGUCAUGCGGAAGUCACCAUGGAUAUAAUAAAUGGGACCAUUUGGCUGGCACUGCUAGUCCAGUAUUGGCAAACUAUUUUUUCCCCUCUAUAAGUCACUAUCAUUCCUGAAAGUUCUAGAAAAUGAUCUUAAAUAAUAUCAUGUAUGUUUAAUGAUAUUACUGUUAAAGUAGAUGUGAGGAAUGAAUAGAUAAUAAUUAGUAAACCCUCUUGAAUUUUAUAGAGAUUAGGGAAAUAAGGAGUCAGAAAUCUUUAAGGACCCUCUUUUUACGUUAUGUUUUUUUUAAUACAGUGAAAUUUUCUGACUUGUAGAGGUCCUGCUGUAUGUGUUCUAUGAGUGCCUCAUGCCACAGGAGAGGAGAUGAGUGAUUUUCCUUUAACAGCAAGGUCCAUAGAGACUCACCAGGUUUUCAAGUCAGUAAUUGAGUCCCAAUGAGAAUGUCAGCUUGGUUCCUCAACCUUCCCUUCCUUCCUCCCACCUUUAUUUAGCAACAUUUCUUGUUUCUGUUCUAUAAGGACAUGUCUGGUUGUGCUUUACAGGCAGUGUAUCACUCAUGAUGCAGUGUGACAUUCUGCUGUAUAAUGCAUCCUAUAGUUUCAUUUCACUUCCCAAACCAAAAAUGGGUGAAAGACAAAAGAGAAUUCUUAUUACCCAGGCCAAAUUACCUGCAUAAGUCGAAAUUUCUAUAGGCUGUGUCAUCUCUACUUAAGAACCCGGUUUAUACCAACUCAGUAGGUUUGCUUGUCUUGACAUCUUACACAAAAGUGAGGUUAAUUUAAUGCCUGGUCUCACAGGGGUAUGAAAUCAUCUGAUCACACCAUAGAACUUGCAGACCUGUCAGUAGCAAAAGAUCUGGUUUUCCCCUCUCAGAAGGCCUGAAAACAGGCGUCUGAGUCAAGUUACUCUAAACAUGUGGCAUAUACUAAACAUGACACUUAGUUUACAAUCUCUCCGAUGGAGGGUACUCUGAAUUAUAGAAGGAGAUACAGUUAGUAGUUUAUAAGUAAUCUGGUACAUUUAAGUACAAUUGAGGCAGAUCUGAGACAAGUCCCCUCUCUCUUAACUGGUGAUUAAGAAAGCCAAGGGUGCAGCACAUUCUCACAGGAAGAAGCAGGGCAGUGUGACUUAACAGAAAUAGCAUAUAAAUAGCCACUAAAAAUCUGUAACUUUUGAAAGGUAAGUCACAUAGAGCAUGUAAAAUGAAUUAAUGAUCCAAUUUUACCUAGUGUUAAAUAUAUCUGCUUCACUACUUAAUAUUUAGAUUAACACAAGGAUUGGUUAGAUUAAGAAAAAAAUAGACUAUGAGCUUGGCAGAUAUUCUGCAAAGUGAUUUCAGCAGCCUGAAAUUUCCGGCUUCUGUUUAUUGAGGAUUUUAUUUUGGUUAGAGCAGAUUUUAUUACAUUAUCUGAUGUUGAAGAGAGCAGGUUUUGUCUAAAUAUUCUGUAGUGAUAAUUUUGAGUAUCCAGAGAUGGAUACAUAAGAAUGAAGACAAAUAUUUGCCAAAAUUCUUCAUGUUCAUGUGUACAUUGCUACUGCCAAAACAGAAUGUGCAAAAAUUGCAAACACAGCUUGACCGAAUUAACUAUGGGUAUCCAAGACUCCCAGUUCUGCAUUGCAACUAAUAAUUUAAAGUCUACCAAAAAAGUUAAAAAUAGUAGUAAGAGAAUUUCACUAAUCAGAAUCACUUUCUGUUCUGAGCAAUCUCUUAAUGUCAUGGUGGAUUCAGAGGACAGUUGAUUCCUACUAACAGUUCAUUUCAGUCUUGCUCAUCUCAAAAUUUGAUGUGUGCAAUUGUAUUUCAGAUCUGUAAAUAAAUUAAACAUAUGCUGUAAUCAAGGAUUUUUUU